CAUGACUCCUCCAUGUCAAUCUUUCGAAAACUCCAGGUUCCUGGUUUCGCGUUGUCGAUAUGCAUCUGCAAUGACACAAUCGGCGUCGCCUUCAUCGUCCGGGCGGAAGAUAACAGUUGGGGUCCUUGCCUUGCAAGGUGCUUUUUCUGAGCAUGUCCAGCUGCUCCGCACUGCCUCUGCGAGCCUGGGCGUAGACCAAGAUGGCGACCAUAAUGUAGAAUGGUGCUUUAUGGAAGUCAGGACGGCAAAAGAAUUGGAUAUGUGCGAUGCCCUGAUUAUACCUGGCGGAGAAAGUACGACAAUGAGCCUUGUCGCUCAAAGAUCCGGAAUCCUUGGGCCUCUUCAAGAGUUUGUAAAAGGAUACUGUAAACCCACUUGGGGGACUUGUGCCGGUCUCAUCCUUCUCUCCGAAUCUGCCAACCGUACGAAGAAAGGUGGUCAGGACUUGAUUGGUGGUCUGGAUGUCCGAGUUGAUCGUAACCAUUUCGGUCGGCAAGUCGAAUCCUUCGAGUCCAAUAUCGACAUUUAUUUUCCCGCCGUUGGUCCUCAAACGCUGGGUACUGAGGGGCUGAAUGGCACACAGGGGAUGGAACAGAAGGAACACCUGCAGUUCCAUGCGAUCUUUAUUCGGGCACCCAUUGUGCAAGAGAUUCUCUCCAACCAGCCAGGGAUACAGGUCAAAGAUGUGGAUAAUCCAUCACUGGUUGUUGCGUCCUCAUUACUGCCAAAGACAGAGGCUGCACAGCUGGCUGCGAAGGGAGAGGUUGAAGUUUUGGCUCGGCUUCCACGCCAAGCUGGAGAAGAGCAAGGCAGGAUUGUGGCCGUCCGCCAGGGAAACGUUUUGGGGACGAGCUUCCAUCCUGAGUUAACAAUGGAUCCUAGAAUCCAUACUUGGUGGCUGCGCUAUGUCAGGAGUAAGGCAUACCAGUGAGUUGAUGUCAUACUUUCGCAGUGAAACUUUGGCUGCGACUGGGAGGUUAGAUAUAGAGACAUUACAAUGUUUAGACGUCCCUUAUCGAGGCUAUCACGAAAAUUCCUCUGUAAAUCUCACAGAGCGGCCUUGCGGUCUUUGUUGACGACGACUAAGCGAUGAAACAUGUGAAUUGCAGAUAAAUUCUAAUCCUGUCGCCCUACUUUAUAACUCGCAAUGUAAACGACAAAGGCAAAUCUGAC